AUGUUUAACGUUCCUAAAACCCGCCAUACUUUCUGUAAGAAAUGUGGCAGGCACCAACCUCACAAAGAAAUACAGUACAAGAAGGGCAAGGAUUCUCAUUACGCCCAGGAAAAGCAUUGUUUUGACAGGAAGCAGAGUGGCUAUGGCAGUCAGACUAAGCCAAUUUUCUGGAAAAAAGCUAAGACUACAAAGAAGAUUGUGUGGAGACUUGAAUGUGUUGAGCCCAACUGCAGAUCUAAGAGAACGCUAGCUAUUAAGAGAUACAAACAUUUUGAACUGGGUGAAAAUAAAAAGAAAAAGGGGCUAGUGAUCUAG